AGUUGUGUCCUGAAUCGGUGGCAAAACAAGUUUAAUGGGGCAGCAGAACCUCAUCAUUUUCCUACUCUUAAUGGACUAUUCCCUUUGCUCUGCCUCUGAUGUUUCAAUCCCUGAUGACUCCACUGCCAUGGCCAUUCUUGCUGGGGUGCUUAACCCCAUGCACCCUUCCUGGUCACAAUCCAGCACCAAUUGCCAAUGGCCUAAUGUAGAUUGUGAUGCUAUCUACCAUGUAGUCAAAAUAAACCUCAGGGGCAUGUCUCUCACUCAAUUUUUACUGCCUGAGUUCCCAAAUCUCCCUCGUCUCAAGAUACUUGAUCUCUAAAAUAACUCCCUUUCUCUCCUCCUUAUCUAGCCAACCUCAUCAACUUGCAGAGACUAUUUAGUCCACAACAGAUUCACCAAAAUAUCAACAUAUUUCUUCCAAGGCCUCCCUCGAACUUUGGUGAUCUUAUCUCUUAGCAAUAAUCCUUUUCUAGCUUC